CACAUUUCCGCUUUAGGAACGCAUGUUAUUACCGAUAGCUCCAGCUAAACACCAUUUACUCAAAGACGUGACGUGACCCAGCAAAGUUCAAAUUGAAGUUGAACAAAGUCAUCAUGGAUCAGCUAGGAGCAGAUGAGAGAAAAAAAAUAUUUGAUUUGAUGAAGGACAGAGAGUUAGGUGGGAACAUGGACUGGAUGUACCGUGGAGAUAAGCCAAAUACUGAGGAGUAUCUGAUGGGAAAACCAGUCGACAAACAAAUAACUGGGGAGCCUUCAGCAAAUGAUGAUGAUGGUGGCAUCAACUCAUUAUUUAGUGAAAGGAUCAAGGCUAAUGUUGCCCUAGACAUGCAGGCCAAGAUGCGAGAAGAUCCUCUUUUUGCAAUAAGACGAAAAGAGGAGGAUGCCCGGCGACGUCUUUUAGAAAACCCUGUGAAGAUGAAACAGCUACAGAAAUUGUUGGAGCAACAACAGAAAGCCAAGUCCAGAACAGAGAAGAAAGAAAAAAAGAAGAAAAAGAAAAAGAAGAGGAACAAGAGCAGUGGGGAUGACUCAUCCAAUAGUGAAGAUGAUUUAGUGAAUAAGUAUUUGUCUAUUCUGACACAUAAACAGAAGUCUGGGACUUUAGAGAAAAGUGAGAAACAUAGACAUAGUGAUGAUGUACAAGGCAGUGACAGGAAGGAAGACAGAUUUCAAAGGGACAGGCGAGAUACUUUUAGUAGAAACAAAUAUGACCAGCAUGAUAAAUUAAAGCACAGUGAGCACAAACACCACCGUGGGGAAGUUCCUCACAAGGACAGAAGGAAAAGGCACAGUUCAGGAGGUGAAGAUCAUGCAGAGAGAAAGAAGCAAUCGUUGAGUCCCCAGCAACACAUCAGGCAGCACAAAGGAAGUGUAGAGAAACACAGACACCAGCAGACAGCAGCCAGAGAAGACAGUAGUGAUGGUGAAGACAUGUCACAGCGAGUUUAUGGCCUCAUUAAAAGCAUUAGACAUCAGUCAUCAGAUGUUCCAUCGAUUUCAAGAGAAAAUACUUUAAAGACCCACAGCUCAUCUUCCAGUGCCAGCUCAAGAUCAAGGUCAAGGUCUCCUGUGAAGUCCUCAGACAAAAGACAGUCUCCAAGGCCAUCACAUCCAAGCAGGGCAUCUGACAAGAGCAAGCCUGCAUAUUGUGACCAGUCUGCUUCACCAGUCAGCAGGCAGAAAUAUGGCACCUCAGCCAAGAGACAUCAGCCACCACUAAAACACUACCAUUGCUUUGAUAACAACUAUGAAGUUUUUGCAUGGGAUACCUUACCACAGUCUAAGCAUUGUCAUCUGACUAGAAGACCAUGUGAGCACUCUGCUGCCUAUCAUGUGUGUGUAUGCACGCAGGCACCCGAGGAGAAAAAGGAAUGGAGAAGGGAGAGUUAUAAUGGUCUCAUGUGUUGCAAGAUGACAGCAGAAGAAAGAGAAAAGAAACUGCAAGAGAUGACAGAAAAUGCUAAGUGGAGAGAUGAACAGCGCAGCAAAAACAUCCAGCGAUAUAAAGAAGAUGAGGCCAAAGAUUCUGCAGAAUCCCAAAAGAAGACUAACUUUCUGAGCUCCAUGAUGACAGACCAUGUGUCUAAAAGCUCAGUAGAAGACAGGCUGAAACGGAACAAGUACAACAUUCAGCGGACGAGGGCUGCUUUGGAAAAGAACUUUACAGAACACUAAAAAGUUGGGAAGGGUGCUGCCAGAAAAAAAAACUGGAGUUUUUAUCUUAAAACUUAAUUAAUGAUGGUCAUUGAAACAAACGAAAGAAUAUGGCAUAAAGAAAUAGUUUUUUCUCAUUUAUAGACCAUGAGCUCUUUCCCCUCUUCCCCUAUUUUCUUUUGUGACUGAAUGUUAUAAAAUGUUAAUAAUUAAGUCAUUCUUACUUUAUAUAUAUACUGCUCAAAACAAUGGAAAGGCCAGUUCUUUAGUAAUUGUUUCAAUUGAAACAAAUCAUUUCAACAAGAAUUUGAGCUUGGACUGACAUAAUCCAUAUUCUCAAAAUUCAAAAACGAAAGUCAAUAUCAUGUGUGUCCACCAUUGGCCUGAAGGCAGGCAAGACACCAUUGUCUCAUGGACUGAACCAUUUGCAGUACCACACUGAGUUGUGUUGACAAUGGACAGGGUUUGCACGUUUUUUUACUGUUUAAUUCUGCCUAUGGAUAUAGAUAUGUUGCAAUUGUACAUAUUUUUGUGGAUUCAGUGAGCUCAUCUGCUUGACUGCUGUAUUGAGCAUGCACAAGAGCAAUCUGGAUUUUCAUCUAAUUCAUGUUAGCUGUUCACCCACACAACAAGUUCACGAAAAAAGACUGAAGGAAUUGCUCUCUCUCUCUUGAUACAAACACGAUUAAUAAAAAUUUUGAAAAUAUGAAGGUGGUCUUCCCAUUGUUUUGAGAAGUAUAGUUUACAUUGUGUGUGUGGGAGAGAGAGGGGGUAAAGUGUGUGUUCCUGUGGGUCAUGAUAGGAAGUGCUUUUAUGCCUUUUUUUUUUUUAUGUUUGCAAUUUCAAAAUUCAAAGCACGAAAGUACAGUAACUUCUUAGUUUGCAACCAGGCUGGCUUCAGACCAAGUAGAAGCAUAUCUUCAACUCUCUCAUCCUUAUAGAAAAGAAUCUUCAGCAUCAGUGGUUCUAGAACUUCAUUGACUUUUAAUAAACGGGCAUUUGAUAGAGUCUGGAACGAGGGGCUGUGGUAUGUGAUGUGAAAAUUUAACAUCGAAGAAGGCUUCGUUCAAGUCGCUGAAGCGCUAUACAAUAGCUCAGCGAGUCCACUUAAAAAUUGUUUUCUGUAUUCAAGCAUGACUUUCUGUCAAAAAAUCACUUUAAACCACGUCUGACUUUAUGAAACAAAAUUGAUUUUUACAUGUCGGUUUAUAUAUAUAAACAUUGGUUAUAC